AGUUGAAUUGUGUCAGUGCGAACGCGGAGUUGUACAACUUAAUUAUUCUCACAUUCUUCAGUAAACUGACAUUGUAUCGUUGCUUGAGACUACAAAAUUGAGUUAAAAAUUGUGAUGAAUUGAAUUCCAUUUGACGAAUUGAACAACAACGUAUCAAAAGAUUAAUCCAUUAUUUGAUUACUUAAAAAUAUUCCUACAAAUUAAUUGCUGGACUCAAUUGCGUGGUUUCCAAAUAUUCUAAAGUACUACUAAUUUAAAUUAUCUCCAUCUUGGUAAAUUUGAAAUAAUCAGAAGUGAUCACGAGUUGUUGAAAGAAAGAUUACAACAUCCACUAAUCUGCCAGAAAGUGACACUUAUAAUUUAUAGGACAAAGUCUAAUAUUUCUAAAUGCUAACUUGAGUCAGUACAAAAAUUCACAAUAAAUAUUGAGAUAGAAAUCCGUGAUACUGGCAUCAUUAAAGCAUCACCGUUUCUGGAAAUCAUCUAAAUGUUGGAAUGUACUAAUGUUGUAUCGUAGUAUGCAGUUCGCGUAUCGUUACACGUGGAAUCGAGAAAUUAUUGUGAAUUCCCAAAAAUUGGUGAAAAGACGCUGACUAAAAUAUUCAAGAGUGGAGACGUACAACGGUUAAGUGGUGAAUUAUUGAAACGCGCCAAAGUGACCUUGUACAACACAACCGAAGAUAACCACCGACAACAGCUAAAUUUUCCAGUAUAAGAAUCAUCGAUUGAUAAAUUUGUUGUUUUUCAUUUUCUUAUUUUGAAUCACAUUUUUUUCUUCCUUAAUUCUACGGUAACAAGAAAUCGUUUUAUAGUAUUUUGUUAGAGUAGUAUCUAUAAAAUCCAUCGAUCAACGAGUGAUAAUGGCAAUUUGUUAUGCUGAACCCUUUUCUGACUGGUUAGAGGAAAAAGUUGAGUUCUUGUUUGAAGAAAUUCCGACUCCAGAAUGUGGCCAAAAACCAACUCCCACCUACUCUCAAAAACAGGAGACUACCCAAUCCAUGCUGCAGGAGUUCGAAAUAGUUCUGGGAGAUGUGGAAGCCUGUCACCAGAUCUAUCCCGCAAUUUCCCAUCUAACCCCCCCUCAGACUCCACCUCACGAGACCCCGCAAAAAUUCAUGGGAUUUGACAAUCAACUAGUCUAUUAUCAGACAAGCAAAUCGCACGUGAUUCCGAACACCACAAUUACUCAGAAAAUACUCCCCGCCACUCCAUCCAUCAAGUCGGACUCCUAUUUGGAGCAGAUUUCUGGAGUCUGGAACGCUGAAAAUGUUUCUCUAAUGCCUUUAUCCACUAAUGUAAGUGGAGAUGUGGCUAACGAGCUCGCAGAAAUGGAUGAAUAUGUUCGAUCCUGUGCUGAAGACCUGUCCCCAUCGACUCCGUCAAGCUCGUACACUAGUUCUAACAGCUAUUUGUCCUCCGAAGAUUCUAAUGAUCCUGACUGGGCGAUUCCCACCACCUCUUCCGGUAGCUUGCAAGACUCUUCCUUCAGUAAACAACAUGGCCAACGGAUUAAUUCUAAAAAUCGAAAAAAGCCUUACUCAAAGCCCAAUAUUGAAGACAAAAAAGUCAGGAAGAAGGAACAGAACAAGAAUGCAGCUACUAGAUAUCGUCAGAAGAAGAAGGCUGAAAUUAAGGAGAUUGUUGGAGAAGAGCAGGAAUUGGUUGAGUACAAUGAAAAGCUGCAGGAUCAAGUUAAAGAGGUGACCAGGGAAAUUGGUUAUCUUAAGCGACUCAUGAGAGAUCUCUUCAAAGCAAAAGGGCUCAUAAAUUAAUUAGUACACAUGUCUAUCAAUUUUUCAUUAUUUACAUGCUGGCAGGUCGAUAAAAAAAACGUUUCGAUGGUAUUGUUUCAAAAAAUCUAUCCAUUUAGUUACUGCAUUGAUUAGUUUUGAUUAAGGAUAACUCCUGAGGUAAUUUAGAAAUUGUUGAAGCUGUCUCCAAACACAUUUCAUAUUCCUUUAUUACCAUAGAUAUAUGUAAUUCACAAUAAUUAAUAGUUCAAUAGAAUUUUCUUUAUUAUCAAUGUCGACUGUUGUCAAAGAGUUAAUGAUCUUUCAUUAAUGUUUGCAAUAAAACGGGCAAAUUGAUUUUGAAAAAGUUUCAAUAAUUUCGAAUGGCGUUCGUUAAUCUUUGAAAUGAGGGAAGACGCAUUGAAACCGUAUCGUUUAUACAAGAAAUAUCGAAAAUUUAGAAUACUUCGCUUUGCUAUCAUUAUUCCAUGCUAAUUCAAUAAUGAAAAAAACUUGAUUCUUUGUUGCUUCAACUUAACUUACCUCCUUUUUUCUUUCGUUUGCCUUUAUUCAUUAAUACAAAGAUUAAUCUCCUCAUUAUUUGCCCUUGGUGUUACCUUCGGUGGAGGCUGUAGGGUCACUUGUCUACGAUUUCAAACAGUGCUCGUGAGGAAAGUGGAUGCAAGUGAGAGAGGGGAACGUAUCCAUUUUGAUAUAGUUAAAAACGUAUUAACGAUUUUACUCAGCAUAAUUAAUAUAGCAACGUAAUAGUUUGUUGUUUUAUCGAACCGAGUGACAAUGGAACCAAUUUUAGUAAUCGCAUCGUCUUCAUUUAUCCAUCAUUGUAAUCAUCAAAAAGGUAGGAGAUCUGUCUCACUUUAGUGAACCAAUGUUGUCUUUGUUGCAAUAAAGUGAAAAGGUCUUUUGCAACCGCAAGUCUCUCCAUUCCAACUUUUAUUUUAAUGCAAUUUAUAUGUACACUGUCUUUACUUUCAUU